GUUCUAAUGACACUUGGAACUAUACAUUGAGAUUUAAUACAGUGUGGCAUAGGGAUACCUUGGAAGUAAAGGCAGAACUAAUCAUGGUUCUUUGAGAAAUGUCAUAGCCUCAUAACUCAGGACCUGCUCUGCUGAGGAAUUGCCUGGAACCAGAAAGGUCUUGUUGUUAAAAUUAAAUUUGAAUUAAGAUGCUCUGGUUUCAAGGAAAUGCCAUGCAACUUGCCAGAUACUCCUUUGGAUUCCUCUUGAGAAAUCUUUCUGCUUCUAAAGUUCCUCUGCCUGUGUUAACUUUAUUCACAAAGGAUCCAUGUCCUCUUUGUGAUGAAGCCAAGAAAGCUCUGGAGCCUUAUAAAAAUAAGUUUAUUUUACAGGAGGUAGACAUCACACUUCCAGAAAACUCUGCUUGGUAUGAAAGGUAUAAAUUUGACAUUCCAGUCUUUCAUUUGAACGGCCAGUUUCUGAUGAUGCAUCGAGUAAACAUCUCAAAACUUGAAAAACAGCUUCAGAAACUUGAGCAAUGACAUGCUAGAAGCUGAUAAACACCCUCAUGAUUUUUCACCCUCCAUCCAAAAGGCAUCUUCCUAAGCAAAGGAAAAAGGCCUCAUACUCUUUUUGUCACUUUCACACAGCCCUCAGAAUGUUCUGAACUCAAAAAGUGCCAAAUAAAUGUUGACACCUCUCUUCUGAAUGAUGAAAAUACCAAUGAGGGAUCCAUUCACCUUUUGGAAUUUUAUAAAAUAAGAGUAGCAUUUUGGCAGAAUGAGAAUGGAGGGCAAGAUAAGUCCAUUUUCUAAAUUUUUUCUUACCUUUGGUAUUAAUUUGGAAGCAUUUCACAUUCAUUGUACAAUGCUGUUGAUAGGAAGAACACUGCAUUCCUGCUGCUGCCCUGAGGGCUUAACUUUUUAAUAAAAGAAUAAAUGCUUUUAAACUCAGUAGAUAAAGAGAAAUGUGAUUUGUUAAUAACUAUUCAUUGUCAAUAAAGGGGUACUUUAACAAAUAUAUCUGCAAAAAGACCAAUUU